AUGGUUUCUGGCUCUGACGAUGUCCGUCAGGGGACGGACGAAAUCUCAGCACGAAAUGCUCGGUGUCGCAAGACGUUGAACCGAGAUAUUCUUCGCGCAAUUCAACAGACAAUGCGCCAAGGCAACCCUCCUGCGAUAUCC